AUGUUGCGCCCUUUAUUACUGCUAGGUCUUCUCACAUUUUGCCGAACAGAUCACGGUUAUUUGCCUCGACCUGUCGACUGGGUAUACAGGGGCAAUGAGAUCGAUGCCGGACUAGAUGAGGAAAAGGAGAAAGCGAUCGCUAGGCGCCCGGGGAUAUUUUACUCUGGUCUUCUUGAUCCGGUAUCAUCGUAUACUAUCGAAAGCCGAAGACUCCUCGAAAAAAGAAGCGGCCCAAAUUUUGUUGUAAGAGGGAUUGAUGCGGAUGAUUUCAGUAAAUGGCAAGUCAGCAACAUUAUUAAUCCCGUUCGACCUGGCAAA